AUGGUGCCCUUCCCCGUCUCCUGGCUCCUGCACCCGCCGCCACCACCGUACGCACCUACGCACCGUACGACAACACAUCGCUCAACUCACCUCCAACUCACCCCGACGCCCGAUCACUGUCAUCUUCCUUCCUCUCCCUCUCUCAGACUUCUUCGUUACCUCGCUUGCUUCACCAACUCAGCCUUCCUCGCAGCUCGACGACCCCAUACCACCUCGCCCUUCCGUGCUUUACGCGUCCUGCCCAUCGACCGCACCGUCGAUCCCUCGUCACCGUUAUCCCGACUAGACCUCUACCCCGUGGCCGCACUUAGAUUUCGAAUCGCCCAACAUGGCUGGCCCUCACUACGACUUGUGCGUCGCUCUACACAACAGUUACUGACUCUCAGCCUCAUCAAGCUCCUGCUCAUUGGUGACUCGGGUGUCGGCAAAUCGUGUCUCCUUCUCCGUUUCUGUGACGACUCGUGGACCCCGUCUUUCAUCACCACCAUCGGAAUUGACUUGACAAUCGAGCUCGAUGGCAAGCGCAUCAAGCUUCAGAUCUGGGACACUGCCGGACAGGAGCGUUUCCGCACCAUCACGACGGCGUACUACCGCGGUGCCAUGGGUAUCCUCAUCGUCUACGAUGUCACCGACGAGAAGAGCUUCAACAACGUUCGCACUUGGCACCAGCAGAUCGAGCAGCACGCUUCCGCGGGAGUGAACAAGAUCCUGAUCGGAAACAAGUGCGACUGGGACGAGAAGCGUGUCGUCACUCUGGAGCAGGGUCGGGCGCUCGCGGACGAGUUUGGUCUUCGCUUCCUCGAGACUUCAGCCAAGGCCAACGAGGGUGUCGAGGAGGCCUUCUUCACGCUUGCUAGGGACAUCAAGACGCGCCUCAUCGACUCGCAACCGCAGACCUAG